CAGUUGGCUGCAAAACUUGUCCCAUCCCCUGGCAAACAUGCACAACAUGAUCCUGUAUAUUGUGGCCUUGGUCUUCUUCGCCCGCCUUCUUCUCAAGCUCGUCCGGAGCUACGUCACAUCAUCUGGCACGAAGCCAUCAUCGGCGCUCCGCCUGCCACCAGGGCCAUGGCAGCUGCCGCUCAUCGGCAGCCUGCACCACCUCCUCCUGUCACGCUUCAGCGACCUGCCUCACCAGGCGCUGCGCGAGAUGUCCGGAACCUACGGGCCCCUCAUGAUGCUUCGCUUAGGCUCCGUGCCCACGCUGGUGGUCUCCUCCGCCGAGGCUGCCAGGGAGGUAAUGAGGACCCACGACCUCGCCUUCUGCAACCGCAACCUGAGCGUCACCAUCGAAACCCUCAGCUGUGGCGGCAAGGACCUCAUGUUCUCCCCCUACAGCGUCCACUGGCGUGAGCUCCGCAAGCUGUGUAUGGUCGAGCUCUUCAGCCAGCGGCGCGUGCUCACGUUCCGGAGCAUCCGGGAAGAGGAGGUGGCGCGCCUCCUCCGCUCCAUCUCCCGGGAGUCUGCCGAUGGCCAGCAGCCCGUCAACCUCAGCGAAGGGAUCUGCCGCAUGAUAAACGACGUCGCCGCGCGCACGAUCGUCGGCGACCGGUGCAAGUACCGAGACGAAUACAUACAUGAGGUGGAACAAGUGGUGCGGCUGGCCGGCGGGUUCAACCUGGCGGACCUGUACCCGUCCUCGCGGCUGGUACGGUGGUUCAGCACCGCCGCGAGGGACGCGAGAAGGUGCCAGAGGAACAUGUACCGCAUCAUCGAGAGCAUCGUCCAUGAGCGUGAAGCCAUGCCGACGCCAGAGCGAGACGAGGACCUUCUAGGUGUUCUCCUGAGGCUGCAGAGGGAAGGUGGCCUGCAGUUCGCUCUCACCAACGAGAUUGUCAGCUCGGUUAUUUGGGAUAUUUUCACUGCUGGGAGUGACACGUCAUCAACCGUUCUAUUAUUGGCAAUGUCGGAGCUUGUUAAAAAUCCACAACUCAUGCAUAAGGCCCAGUUGGAGGUGAGGGAGACCUUCAAAGGACAAGACAAGAUAACAGAAGGGGAUUUGGUCAAGUUAAGAUAUCUACAACUUGUGAUCAAGGAGACUUUACGAUUGCAUGCGCCAGCAGCACUCGUGAAUCGAGAGUGUCGUGAGUCAUGUAAGGUUAUGGGUUACGACGUGCCAAAGGGAACCAAGGUGUUUAUCAAUGUUUGGGCAAUAGCAAGGGACAUGAAACUAUGGCAUGAUGGGGAGGAAUUCAGGCCAGAAAGAUUUGACUGCAGCAGUAUCGAUUUUAGGGGUAAUGACUUUGAGUUCACUCCAUUUGGGGCAGGCAGGAGAAUAUGCCCUGGCAUUACACUCGCACUGGCCAACGUAGAGCUAGCACUUGCUAGCCUUCUCUACCAUUUUGAUUGGGAUAUGCCGGAUGGCGUCAAGUUGGAAGAAUUUGAUAUUGCAGUGACCUUUGGUCUAACAUUAAGAAAGAAAUCCGUGCUCUGGCUCAAGGCCAAAUCCUACAAUAAUUUUAUACCAAAUUAAUCAGGUGAUUUAUGAUAUGAACUAUGUUCCUGUUGCUACUUAAUUUGUACCAAAAGGAGUGUGAUUAUAACUGUAAUAUCAAUCAGUACUGCAA